AUGCCAAUGAUAACUGAACUUGGACCGCCAGAAAAACUAGCCAAGUAUACCGCAAACAUAAGCAGUAUAUAUGGUGUUUCACUCUUGUGUGGGCCAAUUUUAGGCGGAGCUAUUAGUGGUAAUACGAGCUCGCGUUGGGUCUUUCUGAUAAAGUAGACUCAUAGCACCAUUCGAAUCUGACAAUUACUAACUCAAUAUAGUGUUCCUGCUGCAGUUCCCGCCUUUUUAUUCACAAUCUUCGCGAUUCCGAAGAAUUUUCCAUAUCAUGGACAAAGGAACCGCCCGCAGCUAACUUUCAAGAAAUUGAUUGGGAAAGAAAACCGUUCGAGGUUGGAUAUAAUUGGAGCUGUUCUAUUAUUAUUGGCAACAUUGUCACUCACUGCUGGCUUUGAAGAAGCCGAGUCGCGAUUCCCUUGGAAGUCUGCGUAUGUGAUUACCUUAUUGACCAUGUCUGGAUGCUUAUGGAUUGCUCUGCUCGCAUGGGAGCGAAGAGUUACCGCGCAAAGCAAAACAGUGGAGCCAAUCUUGCCAUGGCGAUUCAUGAAAAAUCGCGUUGUGAUUAGAUUGCUUUUGUAAGUGGAAUCUCACAACGGGCUUUAUCUUUCUAACCUUCUCUCCGCAGAAACUCCUUAUUCCUCGGUGGACCAUGGUUCAUAGGGAUUUUCCAACUUCCGCAGAAGUUUCAGCUUGUUCACGGAACUUCUGCUUUAUCAGCUGGAAUUAGGUUGAUACCAUUUACCAUCUCAGCUCCCAUAGGGUCAGUGGUGGCUUCAACCCUCUGCGGAAAUUUAAAGGUACCAGUGAUAUUUGCACUUCUAAAUUCCGCCUGCCUCCAAACUCUCGGCUUUGCCCUCCUGUCGACGCUUCCGGAGACAAGUCAUAUCCCACCAAGAAUGAAUGGUUACCAAGUUAUAGCUGGCUUUGGAUGUGGAAUAAAUAUAUCCACCCUCGUACUGAUCGUCCCAUUUGUGGUCGAGUUCAGGGAUAAAGGUAAGUGAACGGCAGCAAUACUCCCAAUCAAUCAAACCUUACAAAAAAGGCUAACUUAAAUAGCUGUGGGUAUGGGUGCUGUAUCUCAACUGCGUCCUAUGGGUGGAGCAAUUGUACUUGCCAUUACGACCUCAGUAUUCAACAAUUAUACUCGGCCAAGACUUGGAGAGCUUUUGGGUCCAUUGGGUUACGGAAGUUCAAAUGUUCCUACAGGGGAGCUUUUAACUCACUUACCGACGGAUCUUAGGGAAGAGGCCAGAGGAAUUCUGGCACAUGGUUACAAUCUUCAGAUGAUUAUUCUUUGCGCGUUUGCAGCUGCCCAAAUUCCGGCAACGUUGCUAUUGUGGCAGAAGAAACCAAUCAGGGUUUAAUUUGCUAAAAUCUAGACUUCCCGAUUUGUCAGGUUAUCCUAUAUUGUGAGACUAUCUACAGGAUGAACCAAAUCA